AUGUACUACGCUCUUCUCGAAUCUCAAAGAUUAACCCUUGGUGAAGGGUAUCCUGUUCUACAAAAAACGGCAUUAGGAUAUGUGGUCUCUGGAAAGGCCAACUUACAGGAGCCGGAAACUGUGGUGUGUCAUGUGGCUACAGAUCAGGAUCUCAAUGCUCAGCUGGAGAAAAUGUGGGAAGUCGAUGAUUUCGACAUUGGACGUGCUUUAACACAAGAGGAGCAAUAUGUUGAAGAUCAUUUUACUCGCACAGUAUCCCGUGACAACAGUGGACGUUACGUGUUACGAUUACCGCUCAGAGAAUCUCGAAUCCCACUCCUUGGCGAUUCCUACAGGUCGGCUGUAAAUCGUUUCUCAAUGAUGGAGAGACGUUUCGCCAAGGACAACGAUCUACGUGUGGAGUAUACGCAGUUCAUGGAAGAAUAUAUCAAGCUGGGGCAUAUGGAAGAGUGUUCAGGUUCACGCGUCGCGGGCCCGCAGUUUUUUCUUCCGCACCACGCAGUUCGUCGGCCUGAGAGUACAACUACCAAAACUAGGGUAGUCUUCGACGCUAGCCACAAAUCUCAUGGACAGCUGUCGCUAAACGAAGUUCUUUUUACUGGUCCAACGGUUCAACCUAGUUUGCUUGUAGUGGUCGUUAAUUUCCGGAUGCCGAAGUAUGUAUACUCCGCCGACGCCGAGAAAAUGUUUCGGCAAGUGUGGGUGCAUCCAGACGAUCGAAAUCUUCUCUCUUUAGUUUGGCGUUCUGACCCGUCACACCAAUUGAAGCAUUAUCAGUUGAAGACGGUGACGUAUGGACUUGCCUGCUCACCAUUUCAAGCCGCUCGUGUACUCAACAAACUCGCCGAGGAUGAUGGAGGUCAGUAUCCGUUAGCUGCGCCAGUGAUUAUGAAGGGAUUCUAUGUGGACGAUUGUCUUGCUGGAGGCGACAACCUUGACCAGGUCGCUGAAACAUGCCAUCAACUACAAGAGUUGCUCGCCCAAGGGGGAUUUACUCUUCGCAAGUGGUGCACUAACCAUUCAAAUGUGUUGCGUCACAUCCCCAAGGAACUCUGCGGUACCUCCGGCCCAACAGAAAUAGGGCGUGGUACUAUAACGAAAGCUCUAGGGCUUCUUUGGAAUCCAUCAACCGAUCAGCUCAGUUUCCAAGUUCCCAAAUUUGGAGAGUUAUCCAUCGUCACCAAACGAUCUGUUGUUUCGGAAAUGUCAAGGCUCUUCGACCCUCUUGGUCUUCUGGGACCGGUAAUCAUCAGCGCUCGUAUAUUUGUGCAGGGAUUGUGGUCAAAACGGUUCACUUGGGAUGAACAGUUACCUGGUGCAGAAAGUCAAUGGUGGCGAGUAUACCGAAACGAACUGGCUCAACUGAGUGUCAUUGCAAUUCCAAGACACGUAAUCUCGAAUUGUCACCAAGAUUAUCAACUUCAUUGUUUCUGCGAUGCGUCUUCCAAGGGAUAUGGUACUUGUGUCUAUGUCGUGGGGCUGGAUAUCAAAGGAAAGGUGGAAAGCAAGUUGCUUAUUGCCAAGUCACGAGUCGCUCCCUUGCGUGGCUUAUCAAUACCAAGAAUGGAACUGUGUGCUGCCGUCCUUGGUAGCCAGUUAGUUCAUAACCUGAGGAACACUACCGAUUUUCGAGGCUCAGCGGUGUUUUGGUCGGAUAGCACCGUUGUUUUACACUGGAUUCAGUCACCGCCAAAUGAGUGGAAAGUUUUUGUUUCUUAA